GCUGCGGAGUGUCUUCAGCGGAGAGGGACGAGGAAGCGAACAUAUUAGUCUAUAAGAUAAACGAGUUGUUUUUUUUUCUUCCAAUUUUAUACCAAAGGAGAUUACUUUAGCGUAAACCAAGAACGAUGACUGGCUCGAACGAGUACAAACUGAACCAGGGACCAGAGGACAGUAUCUCCGCCGUGAAGUUCAGCCCCAGUACAGGCCAGUUCCUUCUCGUGUCCUCUUGGGACUGUACUGUCCGGCUCUACGAUGUGGCAGGCAACUCCAUGAGGAUCAAGUAUUCUCACCUGGCACCUGUGCUGGAUUGUGCUUUCUAUGACCCGACACAUGCCUGGAGUGGAGGCUUGGACACACAGUUGAAAACCCACGACUUGAAUACAGAUCAAGAUACAAUAGUUGGGACACACGACGCCCCCAUUCGCUGUGUGGAAUACUGUCCAGAGGUCAACGUCAUGGUAACCGGUAGCUGGGAUAGGUCAGUCAGGCUGUGGGACCCCAGGACCCCCUGCAACGCUGGCACCUUCACACAACCUGAAAAGGUGUACACCCUCUCUGUGGCUGGUGACCGGCUGAUAGUGGGGACAGCAGGGAGGAGGGUGUUGGUCUGGGACCUGAGGAAUAUGGGCUACGUCCAGCAGAGGAGAGAGUCCAGUCUGAAAUACCAGACACGAGCCAUCAGGGCCUUCCCUAACAAACAGGGCUAUGUCCUGAGCUCCAUAGAAGGACGUGUUGCUGUGGAGUACCUGGACCCCAGCCAGGAAAUGCAGAAGAAGAAGUACGCCUUCAAGUGCCACCGGCUGAAGGAGAACGGCAUAGAACAGGUCUAUCCUGUCAACGCCAUCUCCUUCCACGGGGUCCACAACACCUUCGCUACAGGUGGCUCAGACGGCUUUGUGAACAUCUGGGACCCUUUCAACAAGAAGCGUCUGUGUCAGUUUCACCGCUACCCCACGUCUAUCGCCUCCCUGGCCUUCAGUAACGACGGCUCCACGCUGGCCAUCGCCUCCUCUUACAUGCAGGAGCAGGGAGACAUCAGCCACCCGGAGGACACAGUGUUCAUCCGCCAGGUCACAGACGCAGAGACGAAGCCCAAGUGAGUCGGGACAGUCCUCCUGUCUGAUUCACACCAUGGGGCCCGGUCUGAUUCACACCAUGGGGCCCGGUCUGAUUCUGAACAUCCAGUCCACAUCCCGGUGGUCUUGUCUGGACCGCACCGCCACACUGCCCCUCACACUUGUUUUGGUACAUAUGAAUGGCAGCAUUGACCAGGAGCAGCCAGCUGGUAUUUUAACUGGCCAUCUAGCGCUCUCUCUCUCCCUCUCCCUCUCCAACUUUCAAUAUCCCCGUAGUUGACAGACCGAUGAGGACUUGACAAAAUGGCUGCCUCCUGAUCUGUUCUCUAGCUCUCUCCAACUUUCAAUAUCCCCGUAGUUGACGGACCGAUGAGGACUUGAUAAAAUGGCUGCCUCCUGAUCUGUUCUCUAGCUCUCUCCAACUUUCAAUAUCCCCGUAGUUGACAGACCGAUGAGGACUUGACAAAAUGGCUGCCUCCUGAUCUGUUCUCUAGCUCUCUCCAACUUUCAAUAUCCCUGU